AGAAUGUUAUCCAGGUUAAACGAGUAUAUAUGGGCAGACUGGAUUUGGUUUCCGGAAGGCUUCGGUUGGGCGGACCUCAAGGAUCCCGAUGUUGUCCUACCUCAGUUACCGGAUCUUUGGGCUUUCAUUCCUUUUGCCAUCUUAUUCCUGGUCAUUAGACCGAUAUUCGAAAGGUGGGUAGCAAUUCCUAUGGCAUCUCUACUGGGAGUAAGUGAUAAAAAGCGUGUUGAUCCUCACUUGAAUCCCUUACUGGAAGCCCACUACUGCAGCUUAUCUAAGCACCCCACACAGAGCUCCUUAGAAAAGUUAAGUAAACAGACAGACUUCUCAGUGCGACAGGUCCAACGAUGGUUCAAACAGCGGCGGAACCAGGACCGACCUAGCAAGAUUAAAAAGUUUCAAGAAGCCAGUUGGAGGUUUACCUUUUACUUUUUUGCUUUCUUUGCUGGCCUGGCAACCCUUAUUGAUAAACCAUGGUUCUAUAAUAUGAAGAGGAUGUGGGAUAACUUCCCAAAAAUGCCACUAUUACCAUGUCAGUACUGGUACUACAUGAUUGAACUGGGCUUUUACGUGUCCCUGCUUGUGAGCGUUGCGUCAGAUGUCAAGCGUAAGGAUUUUAAAGAGCAAAUAGUUCAUCAUAUUGCCACCAUUGUGCUCAUUGGCUUCUCCUGGUUGGUCAACUACAUCAGGGGAGGGACUUUGAUCAUGUUAGCGCAUGAUGCUUCCGACUAUCUCAUGGAGUCAGCCAAGAUGUUCAACUAUGCAGGUUGGAAGAGAACGUGCAACUGCAUAUUCAUUGUCUUUGCUGUUGUUUUCAUCAUUACCCGCCUCGUCAUUUUCCCCUUCUGCAUCAUCCACGCAACGAUGGUGUACCCUUUGACCAUAUACCGGCCAUUCUUCGGCUUCUACUUCUUCAACGGUCUGCUGUUGUUGCUGCUGUUGCUACACAUCUUCUGGACGUGGCUCAUUAUACGCAUGGUCAUCAAGUUCCUCCCCGGCAAUAACAUAGUCGAGGACGAGCGGAGCGACAAAGAAGAGACAGAGUCGGAAGACGAAGAAGGCGAUCGGAAUAGAACAUUGAAAAAUGGCCACAUUCACAACGGUCAUACGCCACUAAACAACAACUGCCAAAAGAUGGAUUGA